AUGGUGGAACUGAUUGCCCUCAUGGGCUUUGACCCCCCUCACCAGAGCGACACUAGGACGGUAUAUGUGGCUAACCGGUUCCCCCAACAUGGCCACUAUGUACCACAGCGCUUCGCGGACAACAGAAUCAUCUCAUCUAAGUACACCAUUUGGAAUUUCAUCCCCAAGAAUCUGUUUGAGCAGUUCAGAAGGAUAGCCAACUUCUACUUCCUCAUUAUCUUCCUCGUACAGUUAAUGAUAGACACCCCCACUUCUCCUGUCACCAGCGGUUUGCCUCUCUUCUUUGUCAUCACAGUAACUGCAAUAAAACAGGGCUAUGAGGAUUGGCUGAGACACAAGGCAGACAACGAGGUGAAUGGAGCUCCGGUGUUUGUGGUUCGCAGUGGAAGUCUGGUUCAGACGAGAUCCAAAAACAUCAGGGUUGGAGACAUUGUGCGCGUGGCUAAAGAUGAGACAUUCCCAGCUGACCUGGUGUUGCUGUCCUCAGACCGCUCAGAAGGAACCUGUCACAUCACCACAGCCAGCCUGGAUGGAGAGACCAACCUCAAGACCCACUACUCUGUAGCAGAGACAGCAGUCUGCCAAUCAGUGUCCAGACUGGAGGCUCUGCAGGCUGUGGUGGAGUGUCAACAACCUGAAGCUGACCUAUACAGGUUUGUUGGCCGGAUCACAGUGACUCAUCAUGGUGAAGAGAUUGUCAGACCACUAGGACCAGAGAAUUUGCUGCUGCGAGGAGCCAGGUUGAAAAAUACCAAAGAGAUUUUUGGUGUGGCAGUUUACACAGGGAUGGAGUCUAAGAUGGCCCUCAACUAUAAGUGCAAGUCCCAGAAACGAUCUGCAGUGGAGAAGUCCAUGAAUACCUUCCUAAUCAUCUACCUGGGCAUCUUGCUGUUUGAAGCCGUUCUAAGUACCAUCCUGAAGUAUGCCUGGCAGGCUGAAGACAAAUGGGAUGAGCCUUUUUAUAACCAUAAGACAGAACAGGAGAGAAACAGCAGUCCGAUUUUGAAGUUCAUCUCAGACUUUCUGGCAUUUCUGGUUCUAUACAACUUCAUUAUCCCAAUCUCGCUCUAUGUUACCGUGGAGAUGCAGAAGUUUCUGGGCUCAUUUUUCAUUGGUUGGGAUUUGGACCUUUACCAUGAAGAGAGUGACCAGAAAGCCCAAGUCAACACAUCAGACCUCAACGAGGAGCUUGGACAGGUGGAAUAUGUGUUUACUGACAAGACGGGCACACUAACAGAAAAUGAGAUGCAGUUCCGCGAAUGUUCAAUUAAUGGCACAAAGUACCAGGAGGUCAACGGCAAACUGGUGCCAGAGGGAUUGAUGGAUGACAUGCCCGACGGUUCUACACCUCACCUGACAGGAGAGGAGCUGUUAUUUCUCAAGGCGGUGUCAUUGUGUCACACGGUUCAGAUCAGCUAUGACCAGCCUGAAUGUCUGGUAGGGGGCGGAGACCCAUUCUCCCACGCCAACGGCUUUUCAACCAAUCACAUGGAAUACUAUGCAUCCUCACCAGAUGAGAAAGCUCUUGUAGAAGCGACAAAGAGGUUGGGAGUGGCCUUCACUGGCAGCAAUGGAGACACCAUGGAGAUCAAAACCUUCAGCAAGGCAGAAAAGUAUAAACUGCUCCAUGUGUUAGAAUUUGAUGCCAACCGCAGGAGAAUGAGUGUCAUACUGCAGACUCCCUCAGGUGGUAAAGUGCUGUUUACUAAGGGGGCAGAGUCAGCCAUCUUGCCUUUCACGACCAGUGGAGAAAUAGAAAAAACCAGACUGCAUGUGGACGAGUUUGCUCUGAAAGGUUUGCGGACCCUGGUGGUAGCUUGUCGUCAUUUCAGCCCGGAGGAAUACAUUGAUGUGGACAGGCAUCUGAAUGCGGCGCGCACUGCCCUGCAGCAACGAGAGGAGAGACUGCAGGAGGCAUUUAGCUACAUAGAGAGAGACCUUCAGCUCCUGGGAGCAACAGGAGUGGAAGACAAACUCCAGGACAGGGUUCAGGAGACCAUUGAGGCCCUGCGCCUGGCAGGGAUCAAAGUAUGGGUGCUUACGGGGGACAAACAUGAGACGGCGGUCAGCGUCAGCCUGUCCUGCGGGCACUUCCACCGCACUAUGAACAUUCUAGAACUUCUACAGCAACGCUCUGACAAUGAAUGUGCCGAGCAGCUCCGCAGACUGGCCAGAAGGAUAAAGGAAGACCAUGUUAUCCAGCAUGGCUUGGUAGUGGAUGGAGCCAGUCUGUCUUUAGCCCUAAGAGAACAUGAGAAGCUCUUCAUGGAAGUUUGUAAAAACUGCUCGGCUGUGCUGUGUUGCCGCAUGGCCCCCCUACAGAAAGCUAAGGUGGUGCGUCUCUUAAAAUCAUCCCCAGAGAAACCCAUUACUUUAGCCAUUGGAGAUGGAGCCAAUGAUGUCAGCAUGAUACAAGAGGCCCAUGUUGGCAUAGGUAUCAUGGGAAAGGAGGGUCGUCAGGCCGUGAGAAACAGUGACUAUGCAAUUGCCAGGUUUAAAUUCCUGGCUAAACUACUGUUGGUUCACGGGCACUUCUACUACAUUCGAAUAGCUACGCUUGUACAGUACUUUUUCUACAAGAAUGUGUGUUUUAUCACUCCCCAGUUUUUAUACCAGUUCUUCUGUCUGUUUUCACAACAAACCCUCUAUGACAGUGUGUAUCUGACGCUGUACAACAUCUGCUUCACCUCUCUGCCCAUCCUGGUGUACAGUCUGUUUGAACAGCUGGUUCAUCCACAUGUUCUGCAGAGUAAACCUGUCCUAUACAGGGACAUCAGUAAGAACUCUCUGCUGUCCUUCCGCACUUUUCUGUACUGGACUUUGCUGGGCUUCUGUCAUGCCUUUGUCUUUUUCUUUGGAUCCUACAUACUGAUGGGAGAAGACACCAGCCUCAUGGGCAAUGGACAGAUGUUUGGGAACUGGACUUUUGGAACGCUGGUCUUCACCGUCAUGGUCAUCACUGUCACAUUGAAGCUGGCAUUGGAGACUCAUUUCUGGACGUGGAUGAACCAUUUUGUAACCUGGGGAUCGAUUGCCUUCUACUUUAUCUUCUCCCUCUUCUAUGGAGGAAUCAUCUGGCCUUUCCUCCACACCCAGGACAUGUACUUUGUCUUCGUUCAGCUGCUGUCCAGCGGCUCCGCUUGGUUCUCCAUCAUCAUUAUCAUCAUCACCUGCCUCUUCCCCGAUGUGGUGAAGAAGGUCUUCUACAGGCACCUGCAGCCGACAACCACCCAGAAAAGCCAGUCUUUACCCUCCUCCCAGGCGCAGACCCUCAGCUGUGUGGAAUCCCUGUGCUGCUACCAACAUGGGCAGAGCGGCUGUGCCCGCCUGGCACACCUGCUGGAGCAAAUGACCGGGCAGUGCCAGGCCAGCGCCAACCAUUGCCACACCUCCAGCAACGGCAGCAGGUCUUGGAGCGACCCAGAGAACUUCUCCAGCGACCGCAGUAUCCUGACGCUGUCGCCCAUCGAUGGCUCCCAGUGCUGAUUCCCCACAGCCACUGACUAACACACUUGGCAGGAGAGAGAGCGGCCACCUCUGCGGUUGUAUUGCUCCCCUCUGUUUAGCAAACCCAGUUGAAUUAAACGUGACACGUACUCGGACGGACAGCAAAAUGGACACAGACGGGGGAGCGGUGGCGUCAAAGGAGAGGAGUCAGCCGACGUGUGUAGGUUGUGGAGCGAGCCCCCGUGAUAGCCAGCAUGCACCCUGGAGUUCCCACUGAGCCCACGCAGACAGUGAAGGCCUCCAACCAGCAUCUUGCACAAGAGCUGGCUAGCAAGCCCUUCAGUUAGCAGAUUUCACUGCUUAGCAAAAUUAUAAACUGUGGGUGUACAGAGAACGGACUGAUGAGAGCCUGGCAUGCUAGUUGAACAUGUUGGCUGACCCCUUCCAUAAGCUUCCAGUAGUACCCCCACUGCUACAGAUGGAGAGAAACGAAAACAACUUAUCCUCUAACCUCACCCGGCGUUAUAUCUAGGCCCAGUGUCGGACAAAGGUGCAUAGACGGGCACUGUCUAAGACUGACUGAAAAAUAGACCUUGAUAGACUUAGAGACCUCUAGAGCACUUUGAGAUGGUCUGUAGGACCGUCAGUUACCAGCUGUUCCAGCUUAACACCGUCACACACGGUCAGCAGAGUCACACAUGUAGUAAAACCCUCCAUUAACCAUACAAGACACCAUUUCAGAAGUGCUCACUUUGGGUUGAGCUUUUUUUUUAACACAGACUAGAACCCCACCUCA